AUGGAUAAAAGUUGGAUGAAUGCUUCUCGAAUUAGUCAAGAAUACGAUGAUGGAGUUAAAAAUUUUAUUAACUUUGCAAAGAAUAACCUUCCGGGUAGUAAUGAAAGGCUCCUCUGUCCUUGUAAAAAGUGUUGUAAUCAGAAAAGGUUAUGUGUGAAAGACGUAUAUGAUGAUCUAAUCUGUCAUGGGAUUAAUCCAUCUUAUACAAAAUGGAUAUGGCAUGGUGAAAACAAUGUGGCUACAAAAUCUAACAUGUAUGUUGACAACGAAGCAAAUGAAGAUGAUGAGUCUGAAGAUCAAUUAGAUGAAAUGUUUCGCGAUGUUGGAGAGGAGUUCACCGAUCGGUCAAACGAGUUGGAUGAAUUAUUGAAGGAUUCAAAAUUACCUUUAUGGCCGGCUGGGAAUGGGUGGAGUGACAAGAGCUUUACUGCGUUACUUGAGAUAUUAAAGGAAAUGCUUCCAGAUGAUAAUGAACUUCCGAAGAGUACAUAUGAUGCCAAGAAGAUUUUGUGUCCCAUGGGUAUGGGAUAUAAAAAGAUACAUGUUUGCCCUAACGAUUGCAUAUUGUUUAAGAAUGAUUACAAAGAUUUGCAUGCAUGUCCAAUAUGUGGGGCAUCUCGUUUCAAAACAAGAGAGAAUGUUGCUGGGAAAGUAAGUUUGAAAAGUCUACCAGCUAAAGUUAUGUGGUAUCUUCCAAUUCUCUCAAGAUUUAAGCGUAUGUUUGCUAAUCCAAGCGAUGCGAAAAACUUAACAUGGCAUGCAGAUCAAAAAAUUUCUGAUGGAAAGCUUCGACACCCGGCUGAUUCCCGUCAAUGGACAACAUUUGAUAAUGCAUUUCCUGAAUUUAGUCACGAGCCGAGAAAUCUUAGGCUUGGACUUUGUACUGAUGUUAUGAACCCUCACGGGAACCUAAGUAGCAAACAUAGAAAUGGUAUAGAUGUCUUUUUGGCGCCUUUGAUUGAAGACUUGAAAAGUUUGUGGGAUGAAGUGUCAAAGGACAUAAGGCAUGCCCCAUAUGUGAAGAUAAUACAUGUUAUCAUCNAGGACAUAAGGCAUGCCCCAUAUGUGAAGAUAAUACAUGUUAUCAUCAACUUGUUCAUGGCAGAAAGAUAG